UGUCUUCUCCAUUCUGCUCCCUCCCUAUAACACCCUGAGUCCCCCCUCCACCCUGACAGUUUUUCUCUCUUUUCAGCGAGCACUUCUCUUUCCUCUGCAUUCUGCUGCCUCCUCUCCAGACACCGCCCUUGAACCUCACACCUCCUACAGGAGCAUCCCUGCUCUAUAGACAGCCCUCACCCAGUACAGGAUGGACCCCUUGGCUCUGCUCCUCUACCUGUGCACAGUGCUGGCCCCGAGCCAUGGAUUCAGCGUGGACGUGGAGGGACCCAUCACCUUCCAGGAGGCAGCUGAGGGGUUUGGGCAGAGCGUGGUGCAGUUCGGGAAUGCCAGUGCCGGGGGGCUGAUUGUUGGGGGCCUGCUGCAGACAGGAAACGUGAACGAAACCGGCAAAGUCUACAAGUGCAACCCUGGAUCCGGACGCUGCCAGGAGAUCCCCAUCCAGAGACCCCCUGAUGCCAUGAACAUGUCCCUUGGUUUCUCUCUGGCUGCCCAAGGCUCCAAGUUCCUGGCGUGCCCCGUGGUGCACCGGGCCUGUGGGGAGAACAUGUAUGUCAGUCACUGCUGCUUCCCUCUGCAGCAGAGCUUCUGGCAACUCCAGCGCAUCCUGGACACCCAGCCAGAGUGCCCCAGACAUGUCACAGACAUAGCGCUCCUCGUUGAUGGCUCGGGCAGCAUCGCACCUGUGGACUUUGGAAAAAUGAAGGCGUUUCUCACUGAGAUCAUGAAGCGUUUCCGCAGCACCGACACGCAGUUCGCCCUCAUGCAGUACUCCAAUAAAUAUGAAUUGCACUUCGACUUCAUGGAGUACAGGAGAAGUCAUGACCCCGAUCACCUCGUCUGGACGAUUGAGCAGCUUCAUGGAACGACGUACACGGCCACAGCCAUCCAGAAAGUCGUGCGGCAGCUGUUCACCUCUGGGAGAGGCGCUCGGGAUGAGGCCACCAAGGUUCUCAUUGUGAUCACAGAUGGGCAGAAAUACAACGACCCGCUUUCUUAUUCAGACGCCAUCCCCGAGGCUGAGAGAGCUGGGAUCAUCCGCUACGCCAUCGGGGUCGGCGAGGCCUUCUCCAGUGAUACUGCCCAACAGGAGCUCCAGGAGAUCGCCUCUGAGCCCACCAACGAGCAUGUCUUCCGGGUGGACAAUUUCGACACCCUCCAGAGCAUCCAGAGCCAGCUGCAGGAGAAGAUCUUCACCUGCAAAGGUUAUUCAUCUCAGGUCAUCACAGCCAAUGGGCAGAGCACCUACAUGGUCGGAAUCCCUCACUGCCAACGCACCGGCAAAGUCAUCCUGUUCAGCCAAGAUACCAAGGGUGGGGAAUGGACACCCAGAUCAGAGCUGUCGGGAGAGCAGAUUGGCUCAUAUUUUGGGUGUACACUGUGCACUGUGGACCUCAACAGAGAUGGGAACACGGACCUAGUUCUCAUUGGAGCCCCCAUGUACCAUACACCCCUGAAUGGAGGACGGGUCUAUAUCUGCCCGAUCGACUUGCUGGGGACGACGAUGUUCUGCAACAAGACACUACAUGGGCAGACGGGGGAAGUGUCUGGGCGCUUCGGGGCCAGCAUGUCUGAAAUUGGGGACAUCAGCGGGGAUGGACACACAGAUGUGGCCAUUGGGGCUCCCAUGGAGAAUGACAAUCGUGGGGCCUUGUACAUCUUCCAUGGGGAAAAGGGAGGUCUCAGUCCCCAGUACAGACAGCGCAUCGAGGGGUCACGGUUUCCCAGCAGGCUGCACUACUUUGGCCAGGCCGUCAGUGGUGGGACAGAUCUGACGGGGGAUGGACUGCCGGACAUCGCGGUGGGGGCACAAGGGCAGGUCCUGCUGCUGAGGUCCCGGCCGGUGCUCAGAGUCAGGGUCUCCAUCAGCUUCCAGCCCCCCACGAUCCCAACCUCGGCCUUCGACUGCCAGGGGCAGGAGCAGCUCAACACAGAGGCCAGCAGGGCAGAGGUCUGCUUCACCAUCACUAAGAGCACCAUGGACAGCCUAGGUGACAGGAUCUCCAGCACCAUCCAGUACAGCCUGGCCCUGGACCCCGGGCGGACUAAUAUCCGAGUCACCUUCGACUUCACCUGCCCUGUCCUGAGCAGGGAGCUGCGGCUCGGCAUCGAGACGAGAUGUGAGACGUACCGGAUAAUGUUUCCUCUCUGCCCAGAGGACACCCUGACCCCCAUCACCCUGCGUCUCAACUACACCCUGAAGGGGGAUCCCAUCGCUGCUGCCAGCUGCCUCAGACCCAUCCUGAGCGAGGACUCUGCACUGGUGUCUGCAGGCUUGGUAAGCUCCCUAUUUCAGAAAGACUGCGGCAUGGAUGGCCGCUGCGAUGACCAGUUAGGAGUCUCCUUCAAUUUCUCUGGCUUGAGCACCCUGGUGGUGGGCAUUAGCCCUGAACUCAACAUCACCGUCUCCAUUGAGAACCGCGGGGAGAAUUCCUACAGCACCACGGUGCGGUUCUUCUACCCGGCCGCGCUGUCCUACCGCCGGGUCCUGCUGCUCCAGUCUAACAGGAGGCCCCUGGCCAUUAAGUGCAGCUUGGCGGAGGGCUCAGAGGAACAAUCUCAAAGGAACAGCACCUGCCACAUCAACCUCCCCAUCUUCUGGAGCGGGGCCGAGGCCAUCUUUGUCACCACUUUCGCUGUCUCCUCUGAGGCCGACCUGGGGGACAGGCUGCAGAUCACGGCCACUGCCAGCAGUGACAAUGGUGGCCCCAUCACCGAGCGCAUGAUUCACCGGGCGGAGCUGCCGGUCAAGUACGGCAUCUUCGUCAUCCUCACCAGCCUCGAGGAGUCGACCAAGUACGUCAACUUCUCUGUCGAGGACGCAGGGACAAGUAUGCCAGUGACACAUGGGUACGAGGUCAAGAACCUGCGGCAGCGAAGCGUCCCCAUCUCGGUCACGUUCCAGUUCCCCGUGGAGCUGAGCGGGGUCCGGGUGUGGGACGCCUCUGAGGUCGUCCCCUCCAAGCCCGAGCUGGCUCAGUGCACCAGUGAGGCUGAAAUGCCGGGUUCGAAGGACUUUGUGAAGCAGAUGAGCGAGCGCCCCCUGCUGGACUGCUCCGUGGCCACCUGUAAGAAGAUCCGGUGCAGAAUCGCCUCCCUGGAAAUGCGGCAACCGCUGGAGUUUGUGAUCAAAGGGAACGUCAGCUUCCAGUGGGUCUCCCAGACUCAGCAGCAGAAAGUGAGUCUGGUGAGCGAGGCCCGGAUUGAAUACGAGGAGAAGAAAUACACCCAGAAGGAGGGAUUCGUCCAGCGCCAGGUGCAGACGUUGGUGGAGCGCUCCGAGGUCUAUAACUACCUGCCCAUCAUCGUGGGCAGCAGCGUGGGGGGCCUGAUCCUGCUGGCUCUCAUCACCGCAGCCCUCUGCAAGCCUUGCUCACGCAGAAGAUGGCAACCAGGUGUGGUCUCGAGAAAGGAAUGUGCCUCCCUGAAUUUGCAUUUAAUCAGUAAAUCGUCUUCAAGAAGAAGGGAAACAAAGGAAGCUCAAAGGUGUGAGGAAGAGCCAGUCCUUCCACAUAAACUCUGUGUGUCCUAGUCCGCAGCUGGAAAUGUUUUUCAAGAGUGGGACUGAAACUAUAAAAAGGAGGGACAACCCCUCCUUUCCUGCCCAUGGCAUUCACUACACCUGAAGAGAGAAAGGAAGCAUUCACUGGAUGCUGAGGAAGAGGGUCUGAUGUACACAGUUUGAUCUGGAAGGCAGCUGAAAGCAUGUGGUGAGAAACUUUGCUUGAAGAGGAUAUAGUUUAAGUUAGGCACUAGUAAAUGUUUCAUCUUUAUUUUCUUUGUAACCAUUUCUGACUUUUAUUCCUCAUUAGUUGGAUUCACUUAAAAUCUCUCAUUGUAGUUAAUAAACUUGUUUUAUUGUUUUA